AUGAAUGGUUAUUCUGUUAAUACGUAUAAACUUAUAUCACGUGAUGAUGAUAUAUCAUAUGUUCGUUUUCAUAUUAAAUCAAAUCAAGGUAUAAGUUCAAUAGAUCCAACUAAAGCACUUGUACUUGCUGGUCUUGAUAGUGAUUAUGCUACACGUGAUCUAUAUAAUACAAUAUGUAUUAAAAAAGAAUUACCAUCAUGGACUGUAUGUAUACAACAAAUGAAUGAGCAAGAAAUGAAAAAUUCUUCAUUUGAUCCAUUUGAUACAACAAAAAUUUGGCCAAAAACUUAUUAUCCAUUAAUUGCAUUAGGAACUAUAACUUUAAAUCGUUUACCAACAAAUCAUUUUUCUGAAAUAGAACAAUUAGCUUUUUCUCCAGCUAAUCUUGUACCUGGUAUUGAAUUAUCACAAGAUAAAAUGUUACAAGCACGUGUAUUUGCUUAUUCGGAUGCACAACGUUAUCGUCUAGGUAAAAAUUAUGCUCAAAUACCUGUUAAUCGUCCAUUAAAUUCAAUAGCAAAUAAUUAUCGUGAUGGAUAUAUGUGUUUAAAUAAUCAAAAUGGUGCACCAAAUUAUUUUCCAAAUAGUUUUCAUGGUGCCACAACAUCAUAUCGUUUUAAAGAAACAAUUUAUUCUGUUGAAGGUAAUGUUGCACGUUAUGAAUGUUCAAACGAAAAUGAUGAAUUUAGUCAAGCUAAAACAUUUUAUCGACAAAUUUUAAGUCCAGAUGAACGAAUUAAUUUAGCAAGAAAUUUAGCUAAAAGUUUAGCAUUAACACAACAAUUUAUUUGUAAAAGAGCAUUAGAAAAUUUUUCGAAUGUUGAUCAAGAUUUAGUAAAUGAUAUUCAACAUUUUCUUAAUUUACAACGACCAACUAAAAUGGAAGAUUCUAAUAUUCAAACAGAUCUUGAACGAAAAAUUUAA